CUCGCGAAAAACCGAUUUGUCUCGCUGCUUAUGGAAGCCGGAUUUCGAUGUUUAGCUUCAUUGUUGUUGGAAACUAUGCUUCAAAAUUUAUGUGCGGUCUACUAGUUCUGGGGUUAGAAUUCAGCGUGAUUUAGGUUUCCUUGCAGAUGGUGUUGUUGCUAUCAGCAGCAUUGGUUUAAUUUUUUUUCCCGAAUUGUCAUUGACAGCACGAGGUAAAAGUUUUUCCAAGUUCGAAGUUCGAAGUAGUAGAGGAGGCGGAGCAUCCAAUUCUUUCGGGUGGAAAUUUUGGAUUGAGAGGAAUGUGAUUUUUAUUUUUGUCGAAAUGGCGAAUGCUGGAACGGUGGAGGGAGCGUGUUUGUGAAGCCAGGGGUAGUGAGUACUUCAGGGUCGGGCAUGAGGUGAUUGAAAGGAGAGACUUAAGGUACUUUCUGUUAGUGAGGAAGAAGCGUCUAGGUGUAUCAGCGGUUUCGGUCUAAGGAGUGGAGGUUGCCAUCGGAAAAGAGAGACGGUUGAUCCAAACAGGGGAAAAAAGAAAAGAACAGAAGAGAAAAAAGAUAAAUCAAUAUGAAAUUCAAGGCGUUUCUGACGGAUCAUGGUGUCACGCUUCUGGAACGGCGCUUUCUACCAGCCUUUGAAAAGAUUGGGAAAACGUGCCACAUUUAUCUAACGCCGGUCCAUUUCAUUCUUCUUCACAACGUUCUGAAUUCUGAUGGAGUGCAAGCGAUUGCGCAAUUUUCUAAGGACGCAGUCUUUGACGACUACCGAAUUUCAAGUCAGAAUCAAAACCGGAUUGCCUUCACCGUAGACCUUGCACUGCUGUUAAGAGCCCUGAAGAGCAGUGUAAGUAUAUAUGGCGAUAGAUUGCAAUUGAAACUCGUCAGGAAGCGUCCCAGCUUGUCUGAACGGCCAAUGCCUUACUUGACUUUCGAAAGCAAGGGACUUAAAUCUGCAAUUAUUCAAGACGUUCCGAUAUCGCAACCUCUGAACCGCAUUGACGUGGAGGCACUGCAAUCAAGUCUGGACAUGGCCCAAGAGUUGCCUAGGACGUUGGUCCAAGUGCCAGGGUUGCAAAAUCUUCAAGGCUUAAUAGAUCGCCUCGGAAAACUUGGAGAUGUACUUGAAGUGGCUGUCACUCAGUAUGGUGAUCUACACCUACAAGUCUCGCAAACUAUGGUUUCCAUCGGCUCCGAGUAUCGAAAGCUGAGGGUGCUUGGAGUACGAUCGGACCCAACUUCAACUGGCUCAGCUUCCAGCUCCGCAUCACGGCUUCAGCAAGCCAUACAGAAAGGGGAGGCUUCAAGAGUGCUCGUAAACAUGAAACAUUUUGCUAAAAGCUUGCAAUGCCACCUCACCAGACCUGAUGCAGCUUUUUGCGGUGUCGGAGAACUAGACUCGUGCCUUUUCAUGAUGUUCCAAUACUUCAUUCCAGGGACUCGUCUAACUGACAACACAAUUAGUCUUCAUUACCGCUUGCCUGUUCUCGAUCCUGGUGUUGUUUAAGACAUAGAAAAGGAUAGAAUAUUUAGAAUUUGGAAGUUGUACAUAAUUAAACCAAUGUAUUUCCAGGAAAUACAAGGGACUGGAAUUUGAAGGUUGUACGAUUGUGAGAAGAGUUUAAUGAUGGAUAUUCUUGAAUGGCUUAAUUUCAAAGAU